CCCUCGGCCGAUGCAGUCGGAAAUCCGAAACGGUCGGCUUUAAGCUGCAUUCAUAAGGCUGCGACAUCCGAUACGCACCUUCAAGUGGUUGAUGUUCGUUUCUCCGCUUCUUCACGAUAACAUUCUUGAUUUCGACGACAACGACGACAUGGGCCUCAUUUCCAGAUCUCGUGCCCCCUUGGGCAGCAAUAGACCCGAGCGUGGCAGCCGGUCUGAUAUGCGAGCCUCGCACAGGGCGGCCUACGGCUCGGAUAAGAUGGGUGAUGCUGCUAGGACACCUUCCAGCAGCUCAGAUGGUUCGAAGAGCGAUUCGUGUCACGUCAACGGACCACCUCCAUACGUCGAAGGCGCCAAUGACUGUCGUCGAUCGGAGAAGGCUCAACACGCCCCCUCCGACAACGAAGCGACUUUCCCCGACAACGCUACACAACCAAACAAUGAAAAGGCCGUUGAGCGCAGCGAUUCAGCGCUUGCCACCGCUUCCAAUCAGGAUGCCCGAGGCAGAAAGCACUGGAAAGGCAAACUACACCAGCGCCGCCGCUCGUCCUUGAGCGGCUCGAGUUCCGGUUCGUCGAGCUCAGGUAGCAGCAUGUCACUCCACUCUCUGCGCAAUAAGAUCCAUCGCAAGAUUAACCAGAAGUUCCAGCGCCGUUUUGGUCGCUCGUGAUGGGUGAGGGGUUGGCAGUGGACGGGAAAGUGAGGGGUGUGUUGCGCGAGAAUGACUAUACGGCGUGGAAUGGGCGAUUUCGACGGUCUUUUGAUUUGAUCGCUUGCUGAUAGUCGAUUUGUCUGAAUGAAGGAUAUUUACGACGAGCUGUGACGUGUGCUUCAUCUGUUUCUUCAAGACACAUAGCUUGAGAACAUCAGUGCAAUGAUGAGUAGCUGAAUUAGUAAUGCGCGGGGCUCGAGAUUCCAAUCGAGUCGCGGCGUCGCUGGGCGAGCGCCUCUUCUG